AUGUCUAAUUCAACUAAUAGGAAAGUGCAAUAUUUGGCGGGAAUAUGUGUUUCAUUUGCCUUUACUUUUACGGGAGCAGUGAUCUCAUGGCCCUCACCGGCUAUUCCAAAAUUUAUUUAUGGAAGAACUGACGUAAUAAUAACUGAUGAACAAACGUCUUGGGUGGUAUCGCUGGCUGCACUUGGCGCAUUACCAGGAUGUUACUUAGGAAAAGUAUUAAGCGAGAGAGCUGGAAGACGACGCACUAUCCUGAGUGCUUCUAUACCGGGACUUUUGGGCGCGUUAAUAAUAUUGUUCACAAAAUCACCUUUGGUUAUGUGCUUCGCCAGAUUGCUAAUGGGCAUAUCAAAUGGAGUCACUGCUGUAGUGACGAUGAUAUAUUUAACUGAGAUAGCUGAUAAGGAGAUCCGCGGAGCUCUAGGCAUGCUGGUCCAAGUGAUGAUGAAUUUGGGCAGCCUGGCCAUGUACAGUAUAGGACCGUUCGUGUCAUAUAAAGUGUUAAAUAGUAUAGUUUUGUCGCUGUCUAUCUGUUACGCUUUAAUGUGUUUGUGGGUGCCGGAGUCGCCGUACUUCCACUUAACCCGAGGGAAGAUACCUGCAGCGAAGAAGGAUUUUAUGUUCAUCAAAAACACUAAAGAUGAAGCGUGGGCAGACGAACAAAUCCACACAAUGCGUGUCCACGUGCAAGCGAACAUGGAAAACGAGUCUAGUAUGAAGGAGUUAUUCACUAAUAGGAAAUACUGGAACGCUAUUUACAUUGUAACAGGUCUUAAGAUCCUGCAAUACAUGACGGGCAGUCUCGCCAUACAGUCGUACGUGGAGAUGAUAUUUCGCCAUACAGCGAAGAUAUCUGGUCCCAUGGUCAGUAUCGUUUAUGGGUUCGUCCAAUUGGGAGCAGGUAUUGGAGCAACAUUCUUGGCUAGAUACUUUGGUAGAAGAAUUCUAAUACUAACUUCCUGCACCGGUGUUGCCUUAUCCUUAACGACAAUAGGUAUAUAUUUUUAUUUACAAGAUUAUCAGCAUGUCAGUGCAUCUGUUUUGUCAAGUAUUUGGGUUCUACCUAUUGCGGGAGUAUUAGGAUUCAAUAUAUUAUACGCUAUGGGGCUUGGUAACAUACCAUAUAUAUUACAGGCUGAACUGUUUCCUAUAAACGUCAAAACGAUUGCCUCAAGCACCGCCACGAUGAUGGCUUGCAUAUUAAAUUUCGUUAUAACAAAAACUUAUCUAAAUGUAAAAAAUAAUUUUGGUCUCUACACAGUGUUCUGGUCAUUUGCCAGUAUAGCUUAUAUGGGUAUAGUUUUCAUAUAUUUCUGUGUGCCAGAAACUAAGGGUAAGACCUUAGAGGAGGUUCAGGAUAUGCAACAUGUAAAAGAAACAUUGGGAAUCGAAAAACUCAAUGAAGUAUAUGAG